CAGUUUCUCCCGCGUAUAUCGACCUCCAUACAUAACACCAACAAAGUCAUGUAGGAAGCUACCACGGGCUCUUGACGCCAACUGGUGUCUUUAUCACAUCCUCUCGUCUCCAGUCUAAAGACAUCACAAUAUCGGACACGGGCUUGACCUCACUCAGCAAACAAGCCAUGCCGUCUCAACAACACCCUCUCUCGGGGCUUCGUGUCCUAGAACUCGGCGGUCUAGCACCUGGCCCCUUUUGCGGUUUGCUGCUCGCCGACUGGGGUGCGUCUGUCCUGCGCAUCGACCGCCCCGGCCCACCGACCACCGACCUCCUCACUUCCCACAAGGCCUCGAUCGCCCUCGACCUCAAGGACCCUUCGUCGCGCGCCGUCUUCCUCUCCCUCAUCCCGACGACCGACGUCCUGAUCGACCCUUUCCGGCCGGGAGUCCUCGAGAAACUCGGCCUCGACCCGAAGGGGGUCCUGCUCCGCGCGAACCCUCGUCUCAUCGUUGUGCGCCUGACCGGGUUCCGCCGCGACGGCAAGUACUCGGCCAUGGCGGGUCACGACAUCAACUACAUUGCCGCCUCGGGAAUGCUGAGCAUGUUGGGGGCCCGGGGCGCACCCCCUUCGCCCCCCGGCAACAUCCUCGCGGAUUUCGCGGGCGGCGGGCACGCGGCUUUCACGGGUGUCUUGCUCGCUUUGAUCCACCGGUCCACAAGCGGACGUGGUCAAGUCGUCGAGGCCAACAUGGUUGACGGCGUGAGCUACCUAGGCACAUUCCCGAGGUUGUUGACAAAAGAAAGCAUGUGGGGCGGUGAGCGUGGUACAAACACGCUCGACGGGGGAGCGCCGUACUACGGGUGCUACGAGUGCAAGGACGCAGGGAAAUACAUGUCUAUCGGAGCGCUGGAACCACAAUUCUACGAUGAGCUGCUGAAGGGACUGGGGUUCUCUCACGACGAGGUCGUACCCGGAAAGGGACUCGACAGGACCGACAGUCGAGCGUGGCCAUAUAUGCGUGAAUUGUUCACCAGGCGGUUCAGGACAAAGACAAGACAAGAGUGGGAGGCCGUCUUUGACGGGACCGACGCCUGUGCGGUACCCGUGUUGGAGCACGCCGAGAUGGAAUCCGCAGGCUACGACCAUAGACCGAUUGUGGGCCUGACGGAGAGCCCCGGGAGAACACCCACGUCGCCUUGGAAGGGCAAGCCCUUGAAACCCGGCGAGGGUGGCGAGAGCGCGCUCGCAGAGUGGAUGGGUUGGAAGAAGGGCAAGGAUUAUGAUGUUAGUGCGAAGGGUGCUUUUGUCAAGAAGGAAAAGAGUAAGUUGUAGAUAACUCUUCAGAACCUUAUGUAUGGGGUAACAUACACAAGGGUGGUUGGAGUGUAUAUAUGACCGGCGGAUUGUCGAAACAAGAUUAUUAUUACUUCUCUGGUGAAAGCAAUGCAAUGCAAAUCGCUC